AUGUUCUCUGGAGAAAUCCCUCAUCAGUUGACUGCCACCGGCUCCAGAUUGGUAUAUCUGAAUCUAUCUAACAAUAGGCUGCGCGGAGAAAUGCUCCCAAGGGAUUCCAACAUGACAGAUUUGGAGUGUUUGCAGAUAAGUGGAAAUAAUUUCCGUGGAGUGAUCUCACCAGCAAUAUCAAGAAGUCCCUCCUUGGUAAUUCUAGACAUUCGAAACAAUUACUUGUCUGGAAAUAUUCCAAGCUGGUUAUACAAUCAUCCUCACUUGGUAGCAGUUCUUUUGGGAGGGAAUAACUUUGAAGGUCACAUACGAAGACAGUUAUGUCGAAUGAAAACUUUGCAGGUCUUGGAUAUCUCCAAAAAUCAUCUCCGAGGAGGUAUACCCUCUUGCUUGGAUAAUAUUACAUUCUGGAAGCAGAGCCCUCCUGAUGACACAAACUACUUCACCCAAAAUGGCCGUUUGUACUUUCUCUUGAAUCCGUCUGGUAAGCCAACACUGGAUUUUGAGAUUGGAACUGAUUUCCUGACAAAGAAUGUGUUGUACUCUUUCAAAGGUCUCCCGCUCACUCUGAUGACCGGUAUCAAUCUGUCAUGGAACAAGCUGACAGGCUAUAUUCCUUCUGAAUUGGGAGAACUGUCUCAGCUUCGGUCCUUGAACUUGUCCAACAACCUUUUAACAGGCAACAUUCCAACAUCUUUUCAGAAUCUGAAAAGCAUGGAGAGUUUGGAUCUUUCUCGCAACAAUCUCUCUGGGGACAUCCCGUAUCCAAUGGCGAAGCUUAGUUCCCUUUCUUCAUUUAGCGUUGCCUACAACAAUCUCUCCGGGAGAAUCCCAUCUGACGGGCAGUUUUCAACUUUUGACAUGAAUAGCUUCAUUGGCAACCCACUUUUCUGUGGAGAUCCUCUGCCACAGAUUUGCUCCACAACAAAUCCUUUGGAACCUCAAGACAAGGACCAAGAAAAAGAGGAUUCAAUCUUCCAAAGCAAUUUAUUCUUCUAUGGAUUUGUUGCUGUCUCAUAUGCUUUUGGAUUGUGGGUUUCCUUUGGGAUUCUAAUUCUUAAUAGGAGAUGGAGGCAAACAUAUUUCCGCGCCAUCGACCGAUACAUUCUGUCAUUCUUUGGGCAGAAGUGA